AUGGACUACUCUGUCGCCGCCAGCGAGGCCGAUGCUCUUCACGGCGCCUCUCCCUGGGGUUCGUCAUCCCCACGGGCCUCCAGGGGCUUUGCGCAAGCCAGGGCAGAUUCUCCAGAGUCACCGCAGCCUAUUCGAGGGCAUUCCUACAAUCAAUCCCAAGACAGCAUUCCUGAUAACCCUUACCUACCUCCACCGAAUCAAGCCAGUGUGCCCGCUACUAGGGAGGCUGGGUUCUUGGGAGACCCAGUCGCUGCCGCACAACAUCAAAGUCCAGAAGAGGUCUCUGCGCAAGCACAGGAUGUCCAAGCAACGGGGGCUGCGCAACAGCGGCCAGGCGCUGCAAGAUAUCAUAGUGCUAGACAGAACAGACCGGUGCCCCAAUAUAAGUUGCAAGCCAAGGUAACUGCGCUGGAGCGAACAGGACGCAAAGAUCCUGUUAUCAGGUUUGACGUUUAUACUAAUCUCCCCAAAUUCCGAACUACUCAAUUCCGAGAUGUCCGUCGAACGCAUUCCGAGUUCGUUAAACUCGCCGACCAUCUCAUAUCUUCGAAUCCAGAGGCUCUUGUCCCGGCUGUGCCUCCGGCUCAAACUUCUGCCGGAGUAGGCACGGAUGAGGACGAAGCUCGAGUCAAGGCGGCCAUGCAAAGAUGGUUGAAUGCUGUUUGUGGCAACGAUGUGCUUAUGCGUGAUGAGGAGAUGGUGUUCUUCGUGGAGAGUGAUUUCGGAUACUCUCCCGUGGUGAGAAUGAAACAACCAGCGACCGGCGUGAGACGGAAAGUCUUGAAACAAUUUGCACCGCCGCCUGACGACACGCCUGAGCUCCACGAGGCAAGGCCUAUUGUCAAGGCGUUCUACUUGAGUUCUCUGGACACGAGCCAAAGACUCGAAAAGGUUGUCAAGGCACGACGAGCACUCGGUCUUGCAGAAUCCUCUUUGGGAGAAAAACUUGGUCAAAUGAAUGUCCAAGAGACUCACCCCGGUCUUGCAACCGCAUACCGCAAACUCGGACGCAUCAUUCAAACGUGCGGCGAUUAUCACGCCGCGCAAGGAACUGCCGAAGCCACGACAUUGGGGGAUGCGCUCGCCUAUCACUCCUCCGACGCCUUCAUCGUGAAAGAAACUCUGACAAAUCGACACAUCCUCCUCCGUGAAUUGCUCCAGACCGAGGCAUCCCGUCGGAGCAAGGAGAACGCGGUCCAACGCCUCAAAAGCUCAUCCAGCGUGCGCAGAGAUAAAGUUGACGAAGCAAUUUCUGCGCUCGACGAGGCAAUCUCUCAAGAAAACUAUCUCCGCUCGAAAACCCAACGCGUGACGGCCAACUUGUUGCUCGAGAAACGCCGCUGGUUCAGCCGCACGUCCACCGAAUUCAUGCUCUCCCUUCGUGAGUAUGUUCUACGUCAGAUCGAAGCAGAACGCCGCACGCUCGCAACUCUCGAAAGUGUCAGGCCCGACAUCCGGGCCAUUGACGCUUCUGGUGGUCUGAGCAGAUUGGGGCGGGAAAACCAUCCCACCGUUAGGCGGAUCAGCAUGGCCAGCAGCCAGGGUGCAAAGGGCGACGCUUGGUCCGGUGUCCCACGCAGCAGGGAUGCUCUUUCUCGAAGCAUGUCGGGAAGCUUCGGGCCGGGAGCGCUGGGCGUUCCCCUCCCAGAAGACGGUGAGAACGGGACGAACGGUGCGGCGGCGGCACAGGGGGGACGACCACGAAGCGCGACCGGAGCCAGUCUGGAGAGGGUCAAGGAAGACGAAGAUGAGGAUCGUGUCGAUGCUCGAAACGCCGCCAGUCGGUUGGCGCAGAGCACGUUUUGA